AUGACGUUGCCGCCGGCACUAGGGGGCGCCGGGCCCCGGCGGGGUAGCAUGCCCUUGCCCAUUAAGCACCAGCUGAUGAGAGCGUCCGCGGUGGAGGAACUGGACUCUCCCCCGAGCUCCCCGGAGGUGAGCAGUACCGGGGGAGCCAGCCCGGCCGGGGGCCGCGGCCCUUACAAAGUCAUGCUGCUCGGGGAGACCGGCGUGGGGAAGAGUACGUUGGCGGCCAUCUUUGGAGGCAUGAAAGGGAGUUCCCAUCAUGAGGAAGAGCACGCAGAGGAUUCCUACGAACGAAAAUUCGACGUAGACGAUGAAGAGGUCACUCUGAUAUUGUAUGACAUUUGGGACCAGGGAGAUCCGGGAGGAUGGAUGCAGGAGUCCUGCCUGCAGACAGGAGACGCUUUCCUGGUGGUUUUCUCCGUGACAGAUCGACGCAGCUUCACCCGAGUGCCCCCGACUCUCCUGCGACUUCGGGCGGAGAGCCCCCGAACUGAUCCCCCCAUUAUCCUGGUGGGGAACAAGAGUGACUUGGCACGGUCCAGGGAGGUCUCGAGAGAGGAGGGCCGGAGCCUGGCUGUGAUGAUGAACUGCAAGCACAUCGAGACGUCGGCCGCCUUACAUCACAAUACCCAAGAGCUCUUCGAAGGUGUUGUGCGCCAGAUCCGACUGCGCCGGCACCGACGUGAGGGAGACCGUUUUGGCAGUGAGGGGGCCGGGGGCCGCCGCGAGAGCAUCACCAAGAAAGCCAAGCGCUUCCUCUCUAGCCUUGUGCCCCGAAACGGACGCUUCUUCAAGCAGAGGUCAAAAUCCUGUAACGACCUCUCCGUGCUAUGA